AGUACCGUAAUCCUAACAGGUAAAGCGCCUCGGGACUGCACAGGAGCCCCCACCCCCGGCGGUAACUGAGUCGAUUUGUGUUCGGAGCCCCGUGAUGUGGUUUCGUGUGUGUGUGGGGGAGGAUAGCAGCAGCAGCAGCAGCAGCAGCUACCAGCCAGAUAAACACUCAGCAUUGGUUUGCAGAGCAGGAGUAACAUGGCGGCACAGUUAGCCAGCAGAAAUGUUGUUUCACUACCGCGAAGGUCAGAGCUGGCUGGGAUAAACAGGAUUUAACAGUGAGGACUCGGCGGAAAGUUUCAAAUCCAGGGAGAAGAGAGUGAUGCGUAAAGGUUUCCAGGCUUCAUCAUCUUGCAGCAAUGGCCUGAGGGACUCUCUGGACUAAGACCACGACGCUGAUAUGCAUUGAUGAUGAGUGGAGUCGGUGAAAACUCAUCUGACCCUGCGAGGGCAGAAGCACGAAAACGCAAAGAAUGCUCCGCCGAACUCAUAGGACCCAGUCCCAAGCGGAGCAACGAGAAGCGCAACCGCGAGCACGAGAACAAGUAUAUCGAAGAGCUCGCCGAGCUGAUCUUCGCCAACUUCAACGACAUCGACAACUUCAACGUCAAACCUGACAAAUGUGCAAUCCUGAAGGAAACUGUGAAGCAGAUCAGGCAAAUAAAGGAGCAAGAAAAGGCUGCAGCAGCAAACGAGGAGGAGGUGCAGAAGGCUGAUGUCUCAUCAACAGGCCAAAGUGUGAUUGACAAAGACGCCUUGGGACCAAUGAUGCUGGAGGCCCUCGACGGCUUCUUCUUCGUGGUGAACAUGGAGGGCAACAUCGUGUUCGUGUCUGAGAACGUGACCCAGUACCUGCGCUACAACCAGGAGGAGCUGAUGAACACCAGCGUGUACAGCGUGCUGCACGUCGGCGAUCACGCCGAGUUCAUCAAGAACCUGCUGCCUAAAUCCCUCGUCAACGGCGUCCCGUGGUCCAGCGAGGGGCCGAGGAGGAACAGCCACACGUUCAACUGCCGAAUGCUGGUGAACCCGCACAGCGAGAACCAGGACGAGUCGCACGAGCCCCAGCAGCAGAAAUAUGAGACCAUGCAGUGUUUUGCAGUGUCAGAACCCAAGUCCAUCAAGGAGGAAGGAGACGACUUCCAGUCGUGCCUGAUCUGCGUGGCUCGGAGGGUGCCCACAAAGGAAAGGCCCAUGCUUCCCACGCAUGAGAGCUUCACCACUCGCCAGGACCUGCAAGGUAAGAUUACGUCGCUGGACACGAGUCUACUGCGAGCGUCCAUGAAGCCGGGCUGGGAGGAUCUAGUAAGGCGCUGCAUCCAGAGGUUCCACCUGCAGAACGACGGGGAGAUAUCUUUUGCCAAGAGACACCAGCAAGAAGUUCUCCGCCACGGUCAAGCGUUCAGUCCAAUCUACCGGUUCUCCCUCUCUGAUGGAACCAUCGUUUCUGCUCAAACCAAGAGCAAACUGGUGCGCUCAUCUGCCACUAACGAACCCCAGCUCUACAUGUCCCUGCACCUCCUACAGAGAGAGCACCCGGUGUGUGGAAUGGGUCAGGACAUGGGUGGACAGGAAACGGGGAUGACCCCCAAACCAAUGAACCCCUCCACUCCCUCCAUGACUCCACCGACCCCGUGCAGUUUGCCCGGUUUGGGGAUUCAGGGCCAAGACACUACGAUCAGCAGCAACAGCACGCCUUUCUCUCCCCCGGGCCCGGCCGGCCCCAGGGAGCCAGCAGCCAUGGGGGGCCACAUGCAGGGCUACCGCUUCGGCUGCCCCCCUCCACACCCCAACUACACCGGGGGCAUGCAGCCGCCGCAGCAGGGCCCCAACUGGAGGAUGAACAGCCCUUCUCGUGCCAGCCCCAGUCCGGCUGGUGGGCCCCACCCGCCUCAGCAGAACUCUAUGCUGUCGCCAAGGCACCGGGGCAGUCCAGGGGGCGCGGGGAGCCCCCGUGUAGCCGGGGGCCUGCAGUCGCCAUCUCCUGUCGGGAUGUGCGGCAGCGGCCCUGGAAGCGCGGGCAGUGCCCAUUCUAACAGCUACACUAGCAGCUCUCUGUCCGCUCUGCAGGCCCUCAGUGAGUGCCACGGCGUGGGACACGGGCCCUCGCAUGCACACACACUGGGCUCCCCUGACCGGAAGAUAGGCUCCCCAGCCGGGGUCACACCGGGGUCAGGGGUAAACCCUCACAUGAUGUCGAAAUUCGGAGGAAGCUCGAGCAUCGCGGGCGCAGCGGGAGACUUUGGCACUCACUCGGAGGUGAAUCAGGUACACGCUCAGGCUGAGGGCAACCAAACGGAGCCCAAGGAGGAAAGGGAGGGGUCCCUGGAUGGUCACGACACUCACGACGCACACAGCCGCGUCCACGACAACAAGGGCAACACCAAGCUACUGCAGCUGCUCACCACCAAGCCGGAGCCCCUGGAGACACCCCUGUCGCCGGGCGGCGGAGGAGAGGGAAAGGACCAGGCUAGCGCCGGGGCCCGAGGCGGCCACGCGGUCGGGAGCACUCACGCCACCUCGCUCAAAGAAAAACACAAAAUCCUCCACCAACUGCUCCAGAACAGUACAUCCCCUGUGGACCUGGCCAAGCUCACCGCUGAGGCUACAGGCAAGGAGCUGGGCCAGGACCAAUCACAAGGUGCUGGGAACCCGUCGUCGGGGGCAGAAAUCACUCCCAAGCAGGAGCCGUUGAGCCCCAAGAAGAAGGACAAUGCACUGCUGCGCUAUCUACUGGAUAAGGAUGACACUGUAAUGAAGGACAAGGUCUCUAAGCUGGAGCCCGGGGAGGUGAAGGUCAAGGAACACCCCCAGGUCAAGGUGGAGAAGCCGGACGCCGGAUACGAUCGGGCCGAGCAGUCAUCGGAGCUUGACGACAUCCUGAACGACCUGCAGAGCGCUCAGCCGCAGCUCUUCUGUGAACAGCGGCCGGUUUCGCUGCCCAGUCCAAUGGACAAGCAGAACAUCUUUAAUGACAUCCUGCAGAUGUCGGAGAGCAACGCCGCCAUGGCGACGCAGCAGCAACCCAGAGGCCUCGGACCCGGCAUGGGUCAAACUAACUUUGGCGCUGUCCGACCAGGGCAGCCGGGCAGGGCAUUACCAGUGAGGAGUGUCUCUCUGGACAUGAAUGUCCCCUCACAGCAGCCAUCAUUGCAGUACCCCAUACGGGCCAACAGCCCUUACCCUGUAAUGCAACAGCAGCAAGGCAUGUUGGGAGGUCAUGGCAUGAUGCCCAACCAGCCUGGUAUGGGCAAUGCAGGAUUGAUGACCCAAGGUGGUCCGCGGCCAGCCAUGCAGCAGCAGCAGCAGCCGGAGGGAUGGACCGGUCCAGCUUCUGCACCUCCUAUUGGAGCUUCCGCUCCGGGACAACAAGGAGGCAUACAGGGUAGGAUGGUGCCCGGUAAUGCUCCGAUGAGACCCAACAGCCAGCCAGGACCCCGGCCGAUGCUGCAGUCUCCACUAAUGGCCAACGCCCAACCUGAUAUGGACAUUAAUAUGGUCGGCCACCAUUUCUCUCAGCAGCAGGCUCCGCCCAAUCAGACGGCCCCUUGGCCGGACAGCAUGAUGCCAAUUGAUCAGACACCUUUUGUAAACCAGAACAGACCUGCACAGCAAGACGAUCUCCUCUGCAAUCCGAGUCUCGAUCAAGGCAGCGCAGUGGACGAAGGGGCCCUGAUGUCCCAGCUGUACUCGGCUCUAAAAGAUUUCGAUGGUUUAGAAGAGAUCGAUCGAGCUCUCGGCAUCCCCGCCCUGGUAGAACAGAGCCAGUCACUGGAACCAGAGCAGUUCCCCCCGGACCCCACCAUCAUGUUGGAUCAGAAGCCCCCAAUGUACGCGCAGCAGUUCGGCCCGCCGCCCUCCCACAUGGUGCCGAGGGGCUUUCCCGGCCCUCCCAUGCAGGAGCCCGGCUUUCACCCGAUGGCCGGCCAGAUGGGGCCCCGGCCGAGCUACCCCAUGAUGAGGAUGCAGCCGCGGCCCGGACUCAGGCCGGGCGGGGUCGCCCCGAACCAACCCAACGCGCUGCGGCUGCAGCUCCAGCACCGGCUUCAGUCCCAACAGCAGAAAAGUCAGCCAAUGAUGACGCAGAUGACUGGCGUGUCAAAUGUGAACCUACCUCUACGAGCCAGUGCCCCAAACCAGGGAAACAUCAACGCUCACAUGUUGGCGCAGCGUCAGCGGGAGAUGCUCAGCAACCACUUGAGGCAGCGACAGCAGCAGCAGCAGCACGUUCAGCAGGCCCAGCAGGUCCAGCAGCAGCGCAGCAUAGCUAUGAGGGCCCAGGGCCUCAGCCUGCCUCCCAACAUGGCCGGAGGCCUGAGCAACCCCAGGAACCCCCAGGCCGCCCCCCAGCAGUUCCCUUACCCGCCCAGCUACGGUACCAGUACAGGCCUGGCCUCGUCACCUCCCCCCACCAGCCCCUUCUCCUCCCCUCUCUCCCCCAGCCUCCCCUCUCUGCCCCCCAACCCUCAGCUCCACCUGCAUGGCUCCUCCUCUUCCUCCACCUCCUCCUCCUCCUCCUCACAGAUGAUGAUGGGAAACACAAACAUGAUGGGCGGACAGUAUGUGGGCGUACUCAGCCCCCAAAUGCAGCACAGUGCCUUUCAGUUUCCCAACUCAGGUAUGAGCCAACAGGCAGACGGGAGUUUUGCUGGAGCCAGCACGCCGCAGAGCCCGCUGCUUUCCCCGCGCAUGGCGCACACACAGUCCCCCAUGAUGCAGCAGGGCCAGCAGAACGCCGCUUUCCAGGGUUCCCCUGACAUGAACGGAUGGCCACAGGGUAACAUGGGAGGCAACAGCAUGUUCUCGCAGCAGCAGGCGUCGCCGCAGUUCGCCCAACAGAACAGCAGCAACAUGUACAACGGCAACAGCAUGGGCCUCAACAACCAGCUGAGCAGCCAGAUGAGCGUCACGUCUAUGGCAUCGGGGUCCUCGCCCGGCUUGCCCUCCAUGGGGCAAGAGCAGAAAUUCUGUUGACCCCCUUGAAGCUUCUUAACACGAACCUCAGCGAUCAGCUGGUGCAGGGAGCGCGUCGGCCCUUUAAGAAUCAAAAACACGAACUCGUAAGUAACCGACUGCCCCUUGGACCAGCCGGGCCGUGUCCUGAGCCCCUUGUCCCUUCCCCCCCUCUCUCACUCCCUUUUCACCCCAACUGACCCGUCGGGCCCCGGACUGACACAGGAGUGAGCAGAAGGCCAGCCUACCUGCCCGUCCAGCCGCAUUCACCGUCGUGUGACUUACUGUAGGGCCCUCCUGGUGGGAUACACUGACUUCAGGGAGCAGAGGGGGCAUCAGUGGAUGUGUUGAAUGUAUUCCUCUCAGCGGACAGCGGCCAUCUACAAUCUCAUCUCAGAGCAGAACCGAGUCGUUCUUCUCUCUUCACUCAUUUGGGACGUUUCCUCGUGGGUUUCAAACGGCAGCAGAGACUCCCGGGUCAUGUUCACAAGUACGAACGGAGCUCAGUCGGGUUUUUUUUUGUUGUUUUUUUUUUUGCCUUUUUGCUGUAUUUUAUUUUAUAAUUGUUUUUUUUCUUUGUUUGUUUUUUCUUGUUAUGAAAAUUAAUAUGUAGAUUAAAGACAGAGGAGGGAGGGAGGAGAAAACUGAUCUCGAUAAACACUGCAGAAGAAUGAUUUGAGUGGAAUUCUAUUAUUAGAAUAAUUUAGUCAAGAGGUUUAUAUAGUGUAUUAAAUUAAGUUUUAUUUUUCUGUAUAGAUUCAUUUUAAUUAUUGUAGAUGAUUCUUUAUCCUUGUAGCAAGAAGAUAUUCCUAAAAGUGUGAAAGAGGCACUUUUUAUUGUUUUUUUUAACAGUAAUGGUUGAGAAGAUUCUUCUAAUCGCCUGAAUUAUGGAUUAUAAUCUUGGUCCAGCUGUUUCAGAAGAUGUCAAAAUCAAAUAUGGUUCAAAAUGAAUUGUACAUACCGAUAAGUGGAAAAAAAAACCAACCUUUUCUUUCCUAUUUAUUUUAUUCCUUACUGGUCACUACUGCCUCUCUUAAAGCAGAGCAGUUAUAUGUGCUUUUUUUUUUUUUUUUCUUAUCGUUGUUCUGUGAAGUCCUGACAUUCUGAUGUUCUGGUACGACUCGGACCGGGGGUGCAGGUUGUUCUUAGUGGGUGUGCUGUGUAUACAGUGUACAGAUUACGGCUUGCUUCUCUGCCUUUUAGCAUAGAACACAAAAAAAAGUGUUUUAAAAAAAAAAAUAAAACUCCUCACAGCCAUACAUUAACUCAAAAUUAUAAAGGAAAAAAAAAGAAGAAAAAAAGUGUGCUUUCUUUGUUGUCUGGAGUGAAAACUGCUUCGUACAAGCUGCUAGGUGCAAACUGUUCGGGUGUGAUGUAAACAAGCAAUAAUUACUUGAGAAUCCUUUUCUGUUUGUUUGUUUUUGUAAUUUUUGUACAGUUUCCUGAAUUUGGAAUGGAGAAAAAAAAACCACGUUUUUGCUCUGCGUUUGGAUGCAGUAUUAAACACCGUUUUUUAUUGCAGUUUGUACCAAGAAAAAGUCUACACACACACACACAGACACACACACACAGCGUUCUUGAUAAAUUAUGCAGCCAUCUGAGGGGGGCAGGGGACCUGCAGAGGGGAGGUAGUUUAUUCCCCCCCCUCGUGAUCGAAAUGAGCCCUCUCUUCCUCCAGCCUUUUCUUCUAUCGCAGAGGUCAGAGUUAAGACUGCACCUGCUCUGACAGACAUUUAGCCAUAUUUUAUGACCUCAGGCAAUUAAAGUAUAAAAGUGUUCGCUGAUGACGUGCUGAUCUAUUUACCCAAAAGGGAAUUGAGAUCUGCAGCAAAUCAUCCUCUCUAACCUCAAAAAAAAAAAAAAAAAACUUUUAUAUAAACUAUUUUACCCAGGAACAGACUUUGAUCAAGCCAAAUGAUUCCUCACAUUUCAAUUGGAUUUCUUUCACCUUCUUAGUUAGCCAGCCCACACAAGGAAAAAAAAAAACAUGAAACAUGAAAUUCCUAAAGAUGUCACUUAGCAGGAUCUAAAUGCAGAUGUUCGUCAUAAACCAGAUUCACUCUGAAUGUAUCGUCAUUGAAGACCUACUGUUCUUUCUUUUCUAACCUGUCGUCGUCGUCACACCGUUGUCUUUUCUGCAUUUUUUUUUUUUUUUUGUUUUCCUCCUCGUUUCCAGACAUAAUUUGAAAAGUGUAGAGGCUGCUCGCACACACUGCUCGCCCUGUGGAUGUUUGCCGUCAGUCUACAGGAGAUCAUACUUUUUUUUUUUUCUUUUUUUUUUCCCCAUUAUAUGCUGAUCUGAUUGUAAAAAAUCCACCCAUGCAGAAUAAAGCCUUUAAAAGCCAUUUUCUCAAAUAGGCUUUUAAAAGGAUUCAGAGCCCUUUGCAAAUUUCCAAAGAUUGUCAGCGUUUUGAAAAGAACUUAAAGCCAUGUGGUAGCAGUGCUUUUUUUUUUUUAAAGAAUUUCUGAAGCCAAGUGCAGAGGAAGUGCACAUAUUCAGACUUUGGACCCACUUAACUACACACUAUAUUUUCUUCUCUUUAACGUUUGCUUUUACAGAACUUUAAAUACCCUUUUUGUAUUGUCUGCUGGUUUCUUAGAGCUAAGAUGCAAACCUUUGAAAUGCUAAACACCCUAGCAUAUUGCCUUAGAUUUCGUCCUGUUCUUGUAAAUUACACUGCUGUCUGUAUAAAUUUGUAUAAUGACUGGUUGUACAGUAUUUGAAUGGGUGCACCACUAUUCACCUCUCCUCCGCUGCUGAAAACACGGUCACUCCCUUCCCCACACAACCACGAUCAUUGCUCUUCUAUGUUGGGAGAGGCUCGGUCCUCUCCUCACUGUUGUAUGGAAAAGAAGAUACACAGAGAUACUGAAGCAAUAUGUACUAUACUGGAUUCUUCUGAAGAAAGAUCACUGUUUUUUUUUUGUUUCCGUUUUGUUUUCUGCGUCGUCCGCGAGUCGCACUGUAUACCUGCAUCCAUCUGACCUUUGUUAUCCCAUGGUUGUGUUUGUGUGUGAGCAUGUGUUGCGUGCGUGAGUGUGUGUGCGCGCGCGUGUGAGUGUUUUAUGCAAAAUUAGAUAUAUAAGAGAAGGUAAAACCACAGUUAUGCAAGUUGUGAACUAAUAUGGCUUCGCUGAUGCUAUUUGCCUUGUAAAUAAAGAAUUCUGUUAAUGCAUAA